UUUCCUGUUGUACAUCCAAUGCAUUAGAUAGAGAAAACAACACUACAUUAUAAUACUAGAUCGAGAAUGCAAUAAAAAUGCGAAAGUAACUUUUUUCAGUAUUUUCACACACACACAACAUAUCAUUAGUUGUUUAAUAAAACACAAAUUUUCAUUUUCACUGUGUGCCCUUUUCUUUGGACAAAACCACCUCCACAUCUAUUUAUUUGGACUCAUAAUGCUUUAUAAAUUAAGGACUGUCCUUUUAAAUCCAAGACAUCCCUGUCCCUUAUAAUGUCCGUAUUUAGGCGUUUUGUUCGUUACUUACCCGGUAAUAGGCCCUACAACUGUUUUUCAAAUGGCAUCAACAUUCACACACACCACGUGUUCGACGAAACGUCCAAGAGAGACCUCUAUUCGCUCAAUUCACUUAUCGCCUCGCACGUUCGCAGUAGAGAUGCUCUUGCGGCAUGGACUCUCUUCCACCACAUCCACAGCACGCAUUCCGACCUUAAUGCCUACACAUUUACGCCAGUGUUGGGUGCGUGUUCAGCUCUGUCAGACCCCAAAAGGGGCCAACAAGUCCAUGCUUUGAUGAUCAAAACGGGUUCCGAAUCAGAAACCAUCACCAAAACUGCUCUCAUUGACAUGUACUCCAAGUACGGCCAAUUGGGUGACUCGGUUUGUGCAUUUGACGAGAUGGGUUUCAAGGACGUGGUCACUUGGAAUACUAUGCUUUCGAGCUUUCUACGCCACGGUCUUCCCAUGAAAGCACUCAGUGUGUUUGAAAUGAUGAGUAAAGAAAGAGUGGAAAUUAGUGAGUUCACUUUGUGUUCUGUGCUAAAAGCUUGUACCUUUUUGAAUGCCUUUCGACAGGGUAAGCAAGUUCAUGGAUUGGUGAUUGUGAUGGGCCGCGAUUUGGUGGUGUUGAGUACUGCUCUGAUUGAUUUUUACUCAAGUGUUGGGUACAUAGAUGAAGCAAUAAAAGUUUAUGGCAAGUUAAGCCUCCGAAAAGACGAUGUGAUGCGCAAUUCUCUUAUUUCUGGUUGUGUUCGCAACCAGAAGUAUGAUGUGGCCGUGUCAAUCAUGAGUUCCAUGAAACCCAAUAUAAUUGCACUUACAAGCGCUCUUGCUGCUUGCUCUGAGAAUUCAGAUUUGUGGACUGCAAAGCAGAUACACGGUGUAGUGAUCCGUCAGGGUUUCACUUUUGAAACCCAAUUGUGCAAUGUGCUAUUAGACAUGUACACAAAAUGUGGGAAAAUUUUGAAUGCCCGUUUGGUUUUUGAUGGAAUUCUUCAAAAAGAUGUGGUUUCUUGGACUAGCAUGAUAGAUGCAUAUGGAAGUCAUGGUCACGGACUUGAAGCUCUUGAGCUGUUCAAUAAGAUGGGGGAGGAGGAAAAUCGUGUAUUGCCAAAUUCCGUGACAUUUCUUGCUAUUUUAUCCGCUUGUGGGCAUUCGGGACUGCUGGAACAAGGCCGGGCAUGUUUCAUUUUAGUCCAGGAGAAGUAUGGUAUGGACCCAGGUCCAGAGCAUUAUGCCUGUUUCAUAGAUAUAUUAGGCCGGGCAGGUCGGAUAGAAGAAGUGUGGGGUAUGUUCGAUCAUAUGGUUAAAAAUGGUACGAAGCCUACUCAUGCAGUAUGGGCAGCAUUGCUGAGUGCUUGUAGAAUUAACCAUGAUAUCACUAGGGGUGUGUUUGCAGCAAAACAUCUCCUUGAUUCGGAGCCUGAUAAUCCCGGGAAUUAUGUAGCACUUUCAAAUUUCUAUGCAACCAUUGAAAGGUGGGAUUUGGUUGAUGACUUGAGAAGCAUUAUGAAGACAAGAGGCCUUGUAAAGGAAGCUGGAAGUAGCUGGGUUGCUGUCGCAUGCAGCCAUCAAAAUGUGAUCAAUCUAGAGAAGUAAUAUACUUCCCGGUUGUGCAUAGUUGGUCUUUGUGGUUCUUGGAUUCAUUUGCUUUAUAUUUUUUAGGAUAAAGACAACUUGGCUUGCUGUUGAAUGUUGAAGUAUUCAUUUAUUGGUCGGACAAGCACCAAAAAAUGUUUGGUUACCAUUGUUUCUGUCCUCAUCUUCAAAUACACUAACUUGUUUAAGUUGCCUUUUCCCAUGCUCCACUCACCACCCAGUGCUUUUUUUCAAGUAUGACAUCAUUGCCAAGGCUGUUAAUUUUUUUCCUGUAUUCCUCAUUUAUGAGAUGUUUGAAUAUGUACACUGAAGAAAGUGUCAUAGGAUAAAGGCUGGCAACAAUUGGUAGUACUAAUGCAAGUGAGACUUGGUUGUUAUUGAAGAGAAUUGAAACUUUUUUAAUUUUUUUUUAUUCAACUAUUUAUCCUUUUUAUUAUUAUUAUUAUUAUUAUCAUUUAGAAUUGCAUGUAGGAUGAGGGCAGGCUUUAGCGCAACAGUAAGGUUGUUCUUUCAUGUGAAGGUAAGGUUACGUAUAUCUGACCCUCCUCAGAUCUCGUAAUGA